AACCAAUUCCCCUUUAUUCUGGUUGCCCAUGUCUAUCAAGCAUAAAAUAGAUACUGCACGGGCCGCAGUUGCGAAAUCCGACCCAUGGACCUCUGGAACAGCCCAGAUCCCGUCGCAUUGCUUCAAUUUAUUUUUCAUUGACAAGAUGGACCCUCCAAGGCCUCACCUAGUGAAACUUACCGAUACCACCCACCCAUCGGAACUCGAGGCUCUAUCAGCUUCGUGCGAUCAAGCUACUUUUGGUCGUGCGCACGAGGAUGUGUUGGAUGAAUCCUAUCGAAAGGCCGGAAAGCUCGAUCUGGGACGCUUCGCUUCGACAUUCGAUGCAGCUCAAAUUUUUCCGACAAUCAUCCCAUAUCUUAUACAGGGUAAGGAUGCUGAACAACGUGUGGAAGCUGACAUGCAUAAAUUGAACGUUUAUGACAAAGGCAGCUUCUUCCGCGCCCACAAAGACACUCCUCGCAGCGAGCGCAUGUUCGGAUCACUCGUUGUAGUCUUCCCCACGCCUCACACUGGAGGUGAACUCGUCCUUCGCCAUGCGGAGAAGAUGUUUACAUUCGAUUCCGGCACAAUCCUAGCAGGAUCUCCAGAUAAAAUCGCCUUCAUCGCAUUCUUCUCUGACGUCGAACACGAAGUCCUCCCAGUUACUAGCGGUCAUCGCGUUACGCUGACUUACAACCUCUACUAUCCGGAUCCUACCUCUCCUCGACUCUCAUCAACCACGGCAGUAAAUGCAUGCAUUUUGCUCAAGAAUCUCAACGUCGCGACGUCUAUCUCACCGUGAGAUAUCUUAAGAUCUCUUGAGAUUUCUUGAGAUCAUCUCAAAAAUCUCAAAAAAAAAGUAGCCUUCCUAUAAUUCAUUAUCUCAAAUAAUAGAUCUCAC